AUGGCCCCCGGUAUCAUGUCUCCUGUCCCCGGAAAUCUUUCCUCCCCUCUCUAUAGCAAGUUCCCUGGGAGCUCUAGAAAGGUGUCUACUAUGUCGGCUUUCGACAGCGACUCCCUCUCUAACAGUGGCAUCUCCCGUCCGAGCAACUCUCGCCGCGAAUCUUCCUUCGUGUCCAAGAAGUUUACCUCUGUCGGUAGCUCUAAGCUCUCCGGUGUUAUCCAGGCUUUGCAGCGCCAGAGCGGCGCUGAGCUGGGUGUGAACACACACUCUACCCUCUUCAACACUGACCAUGCCACCAUUUUGGAAUGGAUUGCUACUGAGCGCAUGAGCCAUCUGCCCCCUGAGGGCAGCAGCUACGACAAGGUUCUUGCCUGGGCUCAGCUAUUUGUUGAGCGCCUGCAUUCCUUUGACGUCGCGAUCCGCGACUUCGAGGGAAGCAGCUGGCUCGCAGCCCAGCUUUCCUAUGGCUACUGUGCCAUGCUCCUUGAGCUUGGCAAGGAGAAUGCGCCUGCCCUGAUGGCUUCCUUUGGAUUCUUCUACAGCACCUCUUCGUCCCUGGUGAACCUCCUUGAGCGCACCGAGCUGUUUGCUGUCUCCCAAGAGAUCAAGGAUCAGCUCGUUGAGGCUUUGGCCGACCUGGUCUCCUUGGUCGCUGGUGUUUCUACCCACUUCCACCAGUCGAUCUACGCUUUGACUGAGGGCUCUAUCUCCAUCAACAUUUAUGAGACCUUCACCAGUCAGAUUGAGUCUUUCCGUGAGCGCUGUGCAAAGAUCUCCGACUCCAUGUGGCGUCACCAGCUCCUCAACGAGAGCAAGGACCCCGAGCUUGUCUCUGUUGUCAAGUCGAUCCGUACCUGGUUGUCCCCCGAGGACCGCGUCCUCAGCCACCUCGCCGAGAACACCUCCCACCUGGCCCACGAGCGCGAGGAGAUGACCUGUCUCUGGAUGAACCCAUACCUCACUCACUUCUUGAAGAGUGACAAGCAUGCUCUUGCAUUCACUGGUCCCCCAGGAUCUGGAAAGACUGUCCUGGCCUCUGUCAUCGUGGACCGUCUGCAGGACCACAUCGGUGGCGUCAGCUACAAGUCGUUGUUCAUUCCAAUCAACGCCCGAAUCCCCGCCGAGACUACCCCCAUUGCCGUUGCUAAAGCAAUUCUCUUCCAGCUCUUCGAGAAGCGCAUUGGAAAUGUCCAGCUCCUCCAGAUCCUGCACGACGCCUAUGACAGCAGCAAGAAGGCGACCAAGGAGGACGUCUAUGAGAACAUUCUCUGGCGCGCACUGGAGCAAGCCCUUGCUGCCGCGCUUGCUCGUGCUAAGGAUCUUGUCAUCGUUGUCGAUGGUGUUGAUGAGUCUUCCUGCGGCGAGGCACACUUGCUCCAGAAACUGAUCACCGCCACUUCCAAUGGUACCAAUGUCAGACUGAUUACCCUUGGUGCCGAGAAGCCCCAGACCUCUGCUAGUGUGAUGCAGGUUCCUAUCAGUGGAGACCGCAUCACCGAUGACAUCUCAACUGUUGUGCGCAGUCACUUCACCGAAAGUACGGACGCCUCCGAGACCAAGAGCUUCUUGUCGAUGGAUGAGAUGGAGCAAGAGACUCUGGUUGACCAGAUUAGCGAGGCUUCUCGCGGCUCUUUCCUCUGGGCCAAGCUGUGUACCAAGCGUGCUCGCCAGGAACAGACACCCGAAAAUGUCCGCAAGGUUGUUGAAACCCUUAUUAAGGGCAAGCCUACCAUUGCGGACUUUGUUCUCCAUGCCCUUCAGCCCUCCGGUGUAACUGAGGAAGCUAAGCACAUGCUGCUUUGGCUUGCAACUGCCGAUCGUCCUUUGCUUACCCGCGAGCUUGUGGCCCUGGCUUCCGUUCAGGUGGAUACUCAGACCGUUGUUCCGCGCGAGAUCAAGAUUAACUCGGUUCUGAGACCCCUGAAGUCUCUUAUCUUCAUGCAGGAUGGCCAGGUCUAUCUGCGCCAUGGCCUCAUCAGAACCGCCGUCUUGGACGUUUUCUCCAAGGGUAAGCUGGUUCCUACCGUGAAGGAUCGUCACUCCGACCUCGUUACUCGUCUUUUGAUUUACAUCAAGCACGCUGUUCCGGAGCACAACGAGCCUUCGCUCACUCCCCUCGAUGGUCGGGAUGUCAGUCCUCGUGUCAAGACCAACGCUCUCCUUGACUUUGCUGUUCGCUACUGGCCUCGCCACCUGAAGCAGACCACCACCUACACCACCGGUGGCAACGCUCCCACAGCCAAAGAGUUCAGCAAGAUCUUCCCUGUGACUACUACACUCCUCCUUCUUCAGACCACUCUUUGGAGCAAUCUGUCCACACCGACUCUGCUCAGCUACCACACCACUGUCACCGACCUGUGCCGUGAGAUCUUUACCCCCAAGAGCCCCGUAACUCUUCAGUCCAUCAUCUCUCUGGCUCUCUUCUACCGUGAUCUCAACUUGGCUCCCCAGGCUGUCCCCCUAUUCUAUGAGAUCACUACUCUGAGCAAGACCCUGCUUGGUACUACCAACAUCCUCACCAUGCAGAUGGCGCAGAUCUUCCUCGAGCUCACCACCGACUCGGUUACCACAUCCAAGACUGAGAUUAUGACCAAGCGCGAAGAACUUCUGAUCGUCAUCGUCGAGUGCUACCAGGUGCACUACGGUGAAAAGUCCGAGAAGACUGUCAAUGUCAUGAAGACUCUCAUUGAGCACUACCGUGUGACCAAGGAGGAGGAGAAGAUUCAGACUUGGACCCAGAAGAUCCACACCCUGACGGCUGUCAAGUACGAUGCUGAUGACUCUCGUGAUCUCAGCGUUCGCCUCAAGGGUCACAAGCGGGACAUCGGCGACACUGGUAUCAGCUUCCUGUUGCAUGCUGAACACGAUGAGGUCCACGAGAAGUCCCAGUCUUUCGAGGGCGAGGUCACCCAAGCCGAAAAGUACACUGCAGAAGGCCGCCUCGACCUUGCUGAGCGCCUGUACAUCGAGCUCUGGCAGCGUGCUACUUCCGAGGACCACAAGCUGCGUGCUGUUCUUGCUUACACUAAGUUCCUCAAGACUCAGAAGCGUGAAACCGAGGCCUCUUCAAUCCUGUCUAGCGUCUGGGAAGAGCACAAGAACAGCACCCACACUCUUUCUGAGACCUCGACCUCGCACUUCGAGGAGAUCGCCAAGGUCAUGACCACUGUCGGCCUGACUGUGGCCGCGUUGAGCAUCUUCAAGCACUGUGCCUCUUUCUACCAGCGCAUCAACCGGUCCUCCUCUUACUCUGAGGUCCAGAAGCACAUUUCGUCCACCUCUCAGCAUGUGAUGCAGCAGGCCAGCACUUCCUCAUCUCACUUCUCCGAGUCCACUUUGGAAGAGAUCGUUUACGAGGCUUCCAGCUCCUCCCAGCUGGACCAGAGCUCUUUCACUGCCACUAGCACUUUGUUGAACAUUUACACCAAAGAACAUCGUUGGAAGGAUGCUACUCGUGUCCUCAAGAAGGUUCUCCGUGGAGUCUGGCCUUCGCUGUUCGCGCCCUCCAUCCAGGAUGUUGUUCUGCCUACGGAGCGCGUCAAUGAGACGAUUGAUCUCGCGGAGCGUUUGAGCCAGUGCUACCACUACCGCCGCCGCUUCCCUCGCGAGGAGGGUAUCCGUGUUCGUGUGUACCGUGCCGUUCGCACCGCGCGUCCUGUGGAUGACAAGCUCAGAGAAACCGUUAAGAACCAAUUGAUCACUUUCUACGAGCGUUCUUCCCAGCCUGAUCAGGUCAUCAACACCUACCAGGAGGUCUUGGACGACUAUACCAAGCACUACGGCCCUGAUCACCCUACCGUGAUUAAGACCCUUUUCACCCUGGCUGAGCUUACUCGUCCCCGCCCUGCCUUCGUCGAGUACUACCAGCGGAUCGUUCGUGCCCUUAACGGAGACUCUCCUGUUAUCAAGCCGGAGGCUUUGGAACCCAUCAUCAUCGUUGCGACUGAGCUCUGGACCCAGACUCGUUACACCGAUGCCGUCCACUACUUCACUCUGCUCUUCACUACCUUCUUGAACCAGCCAAAGCAGAGCCCCAAGUUCCAGGAUGAGACCUUUGUCCAGCAGAUCUUCGACCGCUACACUCACUGCCUGCGUACCAACCGCACUGAGUUCAGCUUCAUCCACAAGGUCACCGUUGACUUCCACAGCAAGGUGAAGACCGUGUUUAGCGCUACUGCUACCAUCACUGUGCAGGCUACUUUGACUCUCGCAAAGGUUUGCCAGGAGACCAAGACUCACGAGAGCACUUCUAUUGCGCUGUACGAAGAGCUGUUGAAGCUCAAGCCUGCCGGCAUUGACAUCGAUGAAAUUGAAGCCACCCUCGAUGGCAUCUUUGAGGAACAGACUGCUACUGCCACUUCCAAGUCGCAGACUAUCACCAGUGAGCAGAAGCAACGUGUUACCAAGAUUCUGCGCAAGCGGAUUGAGUCUGCUCGCUCGACCUACGGCUGGGCACACGAGGAGUCUCUUUCCAAGCUGCAGGAGGUUGUCUCUUUCCACUCCAAGCAGAACGACACCCAGAGCGUUACCAAGGAGCUGCACGAGACCACUAAGCAGAUUCUGACCUCUGAGACCUCUUCUGAGCGCUUGGUUGCUGCUGCUACUACCAUCGCCGCGAGCUACAUUGCCACCAACCAGACUCACAAGGCUGUUGAGCUCACCGAAGAACUCUACCGCCAGAUCGUCAUGAAGGACACCUCCAAGUCCAAGGAGGUUCAGCUCGAUGUCUCUUCCAAUGGCCGCCAGAGCCUUGCAUUCCUCGCUCAGCUCCAGCAGAGCCUUCGCCAUGGAUCUUCCAGCAUCACUGAGAUUCUCGCCUCGCUGACCACGGAGUACGUGUACUUCGAGGAGUUCCGCAGCGUCACCAAGUCAAAGAGCAGCACUUUCUACAGUGUUUCCGUCUCUGCCACCCGCUUGUACAACUUCUUGCUCUCCAACAAGCGCCAGGAUGCUGCCAACCGUGUCUUCGAGGAAUUCGUUGCUUACUUCACUGCUACCGAAGGCAAGCGCAUCAAGUUGACCCAGACUGCCCACGUUAAGGUCUUCCUUAUCACCAUCAUUGGUUACUUGACCCACCACCAGACCUCGAACUUCGUUCGUUCCGUUGGUAUUGCGGCCAACACCAAAGUUCUUGAGCUCCUCGAGGCCAAGAACUUUGACGGUGCCUCCAACCUGGCCAUUGCUGCCUUCACCUACAUCUCGGCCCACGAUGUCUACCGUACUCCCGAGAUUGUCAAGUUCGUUUUCACUCUGGGUGUCCUCAUCUCUGGUCACAGCCUUACCCCCAAGCCCGACGCUGCCACUCUCAAGAAAUUGCGCGGGACUUCCACGGUGAUCAUCCAGCACGUCCUUGGUGUCAUCAUGCAUCUGAAGAUCAACCUGGCCCAGAUCAACCUUGACUACCUGAACGUUCUGAUUGGUCUUCUUGGUGAACAGAAGGAUUACAACAACCUUGUCUGGCUCCUCAGCGACCUCUGGAACAGCCGUCACCGCCAGUCCACCUGGACUCCUGGCGUGACCCUGGACCUUGCCCGUCGCUACAUCCUUGCCCGCUACCAUGUCGGUGAUACCCUCAAGGCUUCUCGCCUUGCCGAGGACAUUGUCUACAACUGCCGCCGUGUCAACGGUGCCCGCCACCCCAGCACUCUGGAGAUGUCGACUCUGCUGUCCCAGCUCUACACUGCUAUUGCUCAGCGCUACCAAUCUGAGAAGAACGGCCAGCACAUGGCCAACAAGUACUACAAGAAGAGCGCCGGUGUCCACGAGUCCCUCCUCCGCGUCUUCGUCGACCCAUCCCUCGCCGAGUUCGAAGGUGCCCUCGACGGCAGCUUCAGCAUGGACGGUUCUGCCUACGAGAUCAACAUGCACGACCAGCUCUCUGACGCGGGCUCUGCCUUUGUUGGUGAGCACGUUCGUGCCCACCUUCAGCUCUUCAAGCUUUCCUUGCAGCGCCUUGGUGACUGGCCCAAGGACUACUCUGAGUAUGAGAGCCUGAACGCUUCUCUCUUUGCUGAGUUCAGCGAAGAGCUGAAAGGCGUUGAGGGCGUUGAGAAGUGGAACCUCAAGGACUUCGGUGCUGGCAAGGCCUCUGGUUCUGAGGAUACUUUGGACAUUGAGAACUUCUCGUGGUCUAUUGAACUUGGUCAACAUAAUGGGGAGGUUGAGGAGGAACUCUAA